UACACAAAAGGCUGUCUACCGGUAACACAAGGACGUUAAUGCUAUACGGCAUUUUACUGUAUGUUACCGGAAAAUGAGGCGGAUUUAAAAUAAGCCUUUUCUAUCAGAGCGAAGAAGAAGCGGAGCUUCAUUGUAAUCAGGAGCGUAUUUAUGGAUGGUUUUGCUGCAAUUCCGAUUCAUCAAACAGAUCGGCUCCUGCAAAAGCGAAACAGAAGCGCAGUCCCCGACGACCUAAGAUAACCGAUGUCCGCCAGCACGGAAAAGAAAAAGAAAACACGGAAUCGGCAGCGUCUCGUCUUUAAGUGCAGUUUGGACCGACGCUACUCCCUCCACCCUUCAGGGAUAAAGCCGCCCGGCUGCGCCGCCCCCGCCGUCCUCCCCCCGGCUCGGGGAAGGUGGGCUGUCCGCGCUGACGCAGUGCUCUCCGCUUAGGCGUUUGCCGCUGCCGCACCUCCCAACCCAGAGCGAAGUGCGCGGCGAGGAAAUCGCGGCUCCAGCCAGCGCCUGUAGCCCCACCGGAGUCGGCUCGCCCCGAGCCGGGAAGCGUGUGGCUGCCGCAUCACCGGAGGACGCGCACCGGAACGGGCUUUUAUCUCCGCGCUCCGCCGCUGCGGUAGGUGUCUGUUGUUCUCUGUUCCAUGGCGCAGGAGGAGGGGACGCACGAAAAGCCGCUGGCCCACCGCCGCCCUGUUAAUGCGAUCGCUAACGCAGACGUCUUCUCUUGCCCAGGCGGCUUUGCUAUCCUUGCCGCUAAUAAUGCUGACUUUGUGACGGCUGCUGUGCAGAGCAGGGCUACUGGCAAGGUGCUGGAACAGGCUGCCAUGCUGGCUGGGUAAUAGAUGAUCUCUCUCCAUGAAAGCGAGGAGGAGGGGUCUCUCUGCAGCACCAUGGCUGACAAGGAGUGCAAUCUGAGGACGGCCAGGCUGUGGAGGGAUGCAGCCCUGCGCUCCAGGAAGCUCCGGAGCAACCUCCGGCAGCUAACUCUCAGCACUAAGAACAACCAUGAGAUAACCCUGCCCGAUAAUGUGGGUGAGAUCGAGCUGCUCAACCUGGGCAACAACUCCCUCCAGGAGCUUCCCCGUGGGCUGGCGGCUGCCCUGGCAAACCUGCGCAUCCUCGUCCUCCGCCGGAACCGGUUCGUCGCGGUCCCACGGGCCGUGCUGGGGCUUGCACAGCUGACAGAGUUGGACCUCAGCCACAACUGCCUGAGCCACUUCCCUGACGACAUGGGCCUGCCGGUGGGCCUGAAGAAGCUUUGCAUCAGCCACAACAAGCUCCAGAACCUGCCCUUGUGGUUGGGAGACCUGCAGAACCUAGAGGAGCUGGACGUAAGCUUCAACGAGCUUAGUGCCCUUCCUGCCAGCCUCACACAUCUCCGCAGGCUGCGUACGCUGGACGUGGACCACAACAAGCUGGACCGUUUCCCACCAGAGAUCCUGGCCCUCAGUGACCUGGAGGAGCUGGACUGCUCCGGGAACAAGCUGGACGGGCUUCCCAGCAGCAUCUCUGUGCUCCGGUCGAUCAAAAUCUUAUGGUUGAGUGGCACGCUAGUGGCUUCACUGCCCAAGGACUUCUGCAGCCUGGUCAACCUGGAGAGCCUGAUGCUGGAUAGCAACUGCCUCACCGCAUUACCGCCAUAUUUUGGCAGGAUGCAGAAGCUCAAAAUGCUGAACCUGUCCUCCAAUGCCUUCGAGGAGUUCCCUCCUGCUGUCCUAGAGAUCGUUGGCCUGGAGGAGCUCUACCUGAGCAGAAAUAAGGUGACUUUUAUUCCGGAGGAAAUAGGCCAGUUGUCCAGGCUUGCCAAUCUGUGGUUGGACAAUAACAGAAUUACAUAUCUGCCAGACUCCAUUGUGGAGCUGGACCAGUUGGAGGAACUCGUCCUACAGGGUAACCAAAUUGCCAUUCUGCCAGACAACUUUGGAAAGCUUGCCAGGGUUAACAUAUGGAAGGUGAAGGACAACCCUCUGAUACAGCCACCCUACGAAGUGUGCAUGAAGGGAAUCCCCUACAUCGCGGCCUACCAGAAGGAGCUCGCUCAUUCGCAGCCCGCUGUCAAACCCAGGCUGAAGCUGGUGCUGAUGGGGAAGAAGAAGGCUGGCAAAACCAGGUUGAGACAAUGUCUCGUCAGUAAGCCGCAGGAUGACUUCACGGUGACUAACACAGGGAUCGAUGUGACCAACUGGGUUGCAGAUGCUGACCGUAGUCUCACCUUCAUCGUUUAUGAUCUAUCAGGGAAGAAAAACUAUGACCUUAUCAAGCCCUUUUUUCUGUCCCCUGGUGCUCUCUACAUCUUGGUGGUGAACCUAAAGACUUAUUUUCCUCGGAAUUUUUACUCCCAUGUGGGGUAUUUCCUCCAUCUGCUGGGCGCCAAAGUCCCCCACGCGGUGGUGUGUCUCGUGGGGACGCACGUGGAUCAGUGUGAGGAGGAGGAGGUGGAGGAGAAGUGCCUGGACAUUCAUCGGCAGAUUGCGCUGCAGGAGACUCGGGACACCGAAUUCUUACGGGGCCUCACCCUGCAGGUGGACCAGGAGCUGGAGCAGGGCUUUGACGUCCGGACGUCCAGCCCCCACGUCCUUUUCUACGGUGUGACGGACAAGAACCUGCGGCGAAAGAAAGCCCAGCUGCAGUAUCUGUUGAACCACCGGCUGCAGAUCCUGUCCCCUGUGCUUCGCGUCAGCUGCGUCGGCCCGGCGAGGGACGUCAGCCGUCUUCGGGAGAAGCUCGUGUCUGUCGCCGACCAUAGGGAGAUCUUCCCCAAUCUGCACCGCGUGCUGCCCAAGUCCUGGCACAUGCUGGAGGAGCUGCACUUCAAGCCCCAGGACCUGUGGCUGUCUUGGUGGGACUCUGCCCGCCUGGGCCUCCAAGCCGGACUCACGGAGGACCGCCUGCAGAGCGCCCUGUCCUACCUGCAUGAGAGCGGCAAACUGCUCUACUUUGAGGACAGCCCAACACUCAAGGAGUACAUCUUCCACAACCUGCCACGCUUCAUCGCCAUCCUCAACGUCUUCUUCCAGGGGGAUCCAUCCGCCAUGCUAGAGAGGCUGCUGGCCGAGGGGGUGGAGACCCGGGGUGACCGAGCCAGGGAAGCCCAGCUGCAGCACCACGUGGAGGGCUUCCUGCUGUACGGCCUGCUGCCAUCACAUAUCAUCCGCCUGCUGCUCCGGCCGCUGAUCCAGACCCAGCAGGACCUCCAGCUCAUCCUGGAACUUCUGGAGAAGAUGGGCGUGUGCUACUGCGUCAACAAGCCCCGCAGCAAACCGCUCAAUGGCGCCACUGUCUGGUACAAGUUCCCCAGCUAUGUGAGCAACGAGGACCCGCACGCGGAGGCCUGGGUGAACGGGGGUGGUGGUGGUGUCCCGGGACAGCUGCUGUCGGUGGAGCAGCUGCAGGUGGAGUACAGCUUUCCCUUCCUGCUGCCGCCGGGCCUGUUCGCGAGGUACAGCGUGCAGAUCAACAGCCAUGUGGUGCAGCGCUCGGACGGCCGCUGCCACGUCUUCGCCUACCGCGGCAAAGUGCCCGUGGUGGUGACCCACCGGCCAUCCCGCUGCCGGCUGCAGGCCGAGACCCUGUCCAUCGCCAGCCACGCCUCCUUGCCCAAUAUCUGGACGGCCUGGCAGGCCAUCACUCCUCUGGUGGAGGAGCUGAACUCCCUGCUGCAGGAGUGGCCAGGGCUCCACUACACCGUGCACAUCCUGUGCUCCAAGUGCCUGAAGAGAGGGUCCCCCAGCCCCCAUGCCUUCCCAGGUGAGCUCCUGAGCCAACCCCGACCAGAGGGGACAGCUGAGAUCAUCUGCCCCAAGAAUGGCUCAGAGCGUGUCAACGUGGCUCUGGUGUACCCCCCCACGCCAACAGUGGUCAGCCCUUGUCUGAAAUGAACCCCC